AUGAUGAAUCCAGUUGAUAAGAAGUUUGGUUGGGUAAUUAAGGGUUUCUCCUCUUUGCAGUUUGAGAAGUGUUAUUCUGUUCCAGUUUUGAUCAGCGACUGCAAAUGGUAUGAAACAUACUCGUUGUAUGUAGAUCUUGACGUCUUGUUUCCUAAAGGAAACAAUGGCGACUACUUGUCUCUGUAUCUGGACGUUGCUGAUUUUGAAACACUGCCUUGUGGAUGGAGAAGAUAUGUGAAACUGAGACUUACUAAACCGAGAACUGCUUUGAUGGAAAGUCGACAAUUUGGGGUUCCAGCAAUGCUUCCGCUUUUCAAACUUGAGAAUGAUGGUGGGUUUCUUGUGAAGGGACAAGUGAUGAUUGUUGCAGAGUUGGAUGUUUUUGAAGUAAUUGGCACAUUUGAUGAUGUGGUGGCUGCUGAGUCUAGUGACCUGCUUAAGAAAACUUCACUUGGGAUCAAUGCCAAUGGGACUAAGCAGGUUGAAAAUUCAGUGAAACCCCCUCCAAAGAAAACUUGGAACAGAAAGUUUGAUUAUUGUUGUUGA